AUGAUGGUCCACUGUGCCGGGUGCGAACGGCCCAUCCUGGACCGGUUCCUCCUCAACGUGCUGGACAGAGCCUGGCACGCCAAGUGCGUGCAGUGCUGCGACUGCAACUGCAACCUCACCGAGAAGUGCUUCUCCAGAGACGGAAAGCUCUAUUGCAAAAUGGACUUUUUCAGGCGGUUUGGCACAAAAUGCGCGGGCUGCCUGCAGGGAAUCUCACCAAACGACUUGGUCCGCAAAGCGCGCAGCAAAGUGUUCCAUCUGAACUGCUUCACCUGCAUGGUGUGUAACAAGCAGCUGUCCACGGGAGAGGAACUCUAUGUGAUAGACGAGAACAAGUUUGUGUGCAAAGAAGAUUAUUUGAGCUCCGGGGCCAUCAAAGAAGUCAACUUGAACUCAGUGUCGUCGUGUACAGAUAGGAGUUUAUCGCCGGAUCUGCAGGACCCAAUACAGGACGACAUAAAGGAGACGGACAAUUCAACGUCCUCAGAUAAGGAAACGAACAAUAUUGAGAACGAGGAGCAGAACUCGGGGGCCAAAAGGCGGGGGCCCCGGACCACCAUCAAGGCCAAACAGCUGGAAACGUUAAAGGCGGCGUUUGUCGCCACGCCGAAACCGACCCGGCACAUCCGAGAACAGCUGGCCCAGGAAACGGGACUAAACAUGCGGGUGAUCCAGGUUUGGUUCCAGAACAGAAGAUCCAAAGAACGACGAAUGAAGCAGCUGAGCGCUCUGGGGGCCCGGCGGCACGCCUUCUUCAGGGGCCCGAGGAGGAUGAGGCCCCUGGGAGGCAGGAUUGAGGAUCCAGACAUUCUAGGACCUGGGGCCUACGGCUACUACGGAGAAUACCAAGGUGACUAUUACGGACCAGGGAGUAACUACGACUUCUUCCCCCACGGCCCUCCGUCCUCACAGGCUCAGUCUCCAGCCGAGUCCCCCUACAUUCUGGGCUCUGGACCCGGAGCCAUGGAAGGAUCGGGCCACCACCCUUCAGAAGACCAAAGGUUCACGGACAUGAUCUCCCAUGCGGAGACCCCCAGUCCAGAGCCGGGCUUACCGAGCUCUCUGCAGCCCGUCCCGGGGGAGGCAUAUGGGGGCGGACCCAGUCCUCCUUUCUCCUUGGCCAGUAACUCCAGCUACAGUGCUCCAAUGUCCCACCAAGGCCAGGAGAUGGGCGAAACCACAGCCUGGUAA